AGUGGCAUCGCUGUGUCAGAGUAUUUGGGAGGUUUGACAGCGCACAUCUUGUGGUUUGGUCUGAAGAGAGUGGCACGACUGGGUGUACACUUCCCUUCUCCCAAGUUCACUCUGCUCCUGGUCCCUCAUGGCGUAUGCAGCGUACUGGAUGAGCCUUCAAAAAGGAGCAGCUUCCUCCCCACUUGACGUCCGACCUAGUAACAGGUCUUCAGCCUACUGUCCCCCGGUGGGUCACUGCUAUGGCAAGUCGCUGCCUAACCAGGCCGCACCCAAACCAGCGGCUCCGGUCUCCACUGCGAAGCCGGCCCAGUUUGAGAAGGCAUCAUCAGGAUCUGCCAUGGCUACAAAGCCUGGGGGUGUUACCGCAGCAACGGGCGGAGCCACAGGAAGUGGUGUUCCGGCAGCAGGAAGUGCUUCGUUUAAGGCCAAGCCAGAGACUAACACUACGCCGAGGGGUGCUACUGUUAUUGACAUGUCGUCCGCUGGGGCUGCUGUUGUUGACAUGACGUCAGUAGGGGCGAGGGGCGGUCCUCAAGCAAUGCCAAAGACGGCACCUGUCUCCCAAGUCAAAGCUUCAGUUCCUUCCCGUGCCACUGGAACAGCUGCAGCCGCUGGCACGGCAGUGACCGCUGCUGUGACCCAACCUAAAGUGUCGCCCAAAGUCACAGCCAAGAGUGCCACCACAACAGUCAAAGCUGAUGUGUCUAAAGCUGCAGCAGCCUCGGCUGUGCAGGGGAAGAAAGAAGAAGCUAAACCUCCACAAACAAAGGUACAGGUGGAGGUUCCUUCCACAGCAGCUAAAGCCAAAGAGGCACCUGCAGUGGAUCCAUUCGAUGCCCUGGCCAGCAUACUACCAUCCGCUGAUUCUAUCGUGCCCCAACAGCCGGUGUACACCGGGCCAGAGGUCAAAGAGCAUGGCGUCACCUCGGAGAAGGGUCACAAGUGCGGAGAAAGAGACGACACGCUGCCUCCAGGCUACAGAUUUAAAGAUAUGGCUCCAGGUCCUGCUGACGUGAAACCCAUGGACGUGCCUAAACCAAUGAACAAUGAUGAGGCCCUGGAUCUGCUCUCCACUGGAUUCAUGACUUCUCCUGUUUUACCUGCUACCAAGAAGCAAGAGAUUACGGACACGGUCUGUUCAGCAUCUGCUGGGCCGGCAAACCUUGCACCGCCUCCUGUAAAGAAAGGUGAACGUCCUGCAGCUGCUCCUCCUGCUGAUAAGAAAGCCAAGAUGGAGAAAGUCUCAGACGAUUUCUCUCUGGAGUCUGUACUUUCCUCUGAACCUACCACGAAAGCAGCUGCUCCUGUGGCUGUGUGUACUGCUCCCCCCGCUGAUAAAAAAGCCAAGAUGGAGAAACCUGUGGCCACCAAGCCCAAGACUGAUGGGGGUGCGUCAAUGUCUCUGGACGCUCUCAGUGCUCUUAGCGACUCGUUGCCAGCAGCCGCUCCGAAACCUGAAUCCCCGAAACUCAGGCCUGAGGACAUCGUCUCGGUGGACAAACUGAAGGAGGAGAAGGGUAUGCGUGUAGGAGAUACGGAGGAGUCAAUUCCUCCGGAGUACAGGUUUAAUAAGGCGGAGCUGGAAAAAUUGCCUGCUCCUAAACCUGAGCCCACCAUGGCUACAGGUGACGCUCUGGACUUUUUGUCUGGUGACUUCAUGACGUCCUCAGCAGCUCCGACUGUCCAGGCUCCUGUCGUCGCCUCAGCUUCUGCACAGAAAGUUGAAUCCUCUGCACUUCCCCCUGCUGUUAAGAAAGGAAAAGUAGAGAAAGCCCCGGCUAAAAAGGACACCACUGAUGGCAAGCUCCAGGCUAAUCCGGGCGACUCCAUGUCCCUGGACGCUCUCAGUGCUCUCUGCGACACGUUGCCAGAAGACGCACCAAAACCUGAAGCCCCCAAACUCAGACCUGAGGACAUUGUCGUGGUGGACAAACUGAAGAAGGAGAAGGGUAUGCGUGUAGGAGAUACGGAGGAGUCAAUUCCUCCAGAGUACAGGUUUAAUAAGGCGGAGCUGGAAAAACUGCCUGCUCCUAAACCUGAGCCCACCAUGGCCACAGGUGACGCUCUAGAAUUUUUGUCUGGAGACUUCAUGACGUCCUCAGUAGCUCCUGCUGUCAAGGCCCCUGUCAUCCCCUCAGCUCCUUCUGCACAGACCAAAGUGGAGGACUUGUCAGCUCUGGAUUUGCUCGCUGGAGACUUUGUGACUCCAGCUAAAUCUACCGGAGUUAAGGCGCCUGUCCCUGUCAGGAGGGAACCCGAGAUUAUGGUUUGUCCUAUGCCCACCCCCGUCCAACAGAAACCGGAACAACCCAAGACAGUAACCAAAGUUGAAUCCUCUGCACUUCCCCCUGCUGUUAAGAAAGGAAAAGAAGAGAAAGCCCCGGCUAAAAAGGACACCACUGGUGGCAAGCUCCAGGCUAAUCCGGGCGACUCCAUGUCCCUGGACGCUCUCAGUGCUCUCUGCGACACGUUGCCAGAAGACGCACCAAAACCUGAAGCACCCAAACUCAGACCGGAGGACAUCAUCUCUGUGGACAAACUGAAGAAGGAGAAGGGUAUGCGUGUAGGAGAUACGGAGGAGUCAAUUCCUCCAGAGUACAGGUUUAAUAAGGCGGAGCUGGAAAAAUUGCCUGCUCCUAAACCUGAGGUGAGACCAGCACAAGUUCCUAGAUCUUUAAAUCAUACUUUAGGGAAUGAAGCUGUGAGACAUGAUGAAUCAAUGUCAAAUCAAUGUGCAUUAAUACGUUUAUCACUGAUGGAUCCUUCGCUGUGUCUCCUACUGCAGCCCACCAUGGCCACAGGUGACGCUCUGGACUUUUUGUCUGGAGACUUCAUGACGUCCUCAGCAGCUCCCUCAGUCCAGGCUCCUGUUCCCCCCCGCUCAGCUCUUCCUGCAAAGCCCUCUGCAGACUUUGCUCUUGAUGCCUUGGCAGGAGACUUUGUUGGCGCCACUGCUGCUCCGAUAGUGAAGUCUGCUUGUGCUCCCACUGAGGCUGAUCUGCAGCUGGCAGCAGGAGCAGGCAGUGCCCUGGAUGCUCUGUCCAACACCUUGGAGGAUAUCACACCCAUCCCUCAGCCCGCCCCGGUUCCUACCAAAGACAUUGUGAAGGAGAAAAAGGUUGUGGAGGAGAGGUUGAUCAUGAUGGGAGAGCGAGAUGACUCUCUGCCGCCAGAAUAUCGACUCACUGAGGAAGAUCGUAAGAAUAUGGCAGAAGCAAAGGCAAAAGCAGCUGCAGCACCCAAGGAGAAGGGCCUUGAUGAUGCUUCAGCCUUGGACCUGCUGUCCCUUGAUUUCUCUGCUGCCCCUAAACCCGCGGCUCCGGUCGAAUCAACUGCAGCCACGACAAAGCUGGAACCUCCUGCGCAGGCCUCAGAGCCACUGAAGCCAAUGGCUGGCCCUGUUCUGGACUCCCUGGCGGACACCUUGCUCCCUGACGCCAAAGAGUUCAAAUCCAAAACAGACCAAGCAAAACCAAAGGGCAAGAGCAAGUCAAAGUCAAAGUCCAAAAAACUUCAUGCAGAGGAGCCAUCUGCCACCGACCUGUUAUCUGCUCAGCUAAGCUCAGACGUUGUGUCAACAACUUCAAAGAAGGGAGGCAAGAGCUAGACCACCUUGCAAGGUGGUCGGUGCCUUUUGUCCUCGAGGGACGCAGGGACUCAUCAGUGUGGGAUCUGCUCUGUGGAUAAUUGUUCUAUUUUUCUAAAUCAUCAAGAAUGUACAUUGGAUGAAAGACAAACCCACACACACACACACACAAAUGCACAAACAUGCACACACAUGCACACACAUAACCACACAAACACACACACACAAACACACAUACACACACACACACACACACCUCUGCGUGUAGUGCCUUUCUUGUUCGGUUUCACAUGUGUUGUUGGAUGAGGAGCUCUUGGUUUCUGUCUCUGCAGAAAGUGACUUUUUUGAAACAUGGCUGGAUAUAAAGAACGAUUGAAGAACAGAAACAGAAAGAGGGGAAACUGGGGAAAGAGAAGAGGUUAAGGCACAUUAAAAAAAAAGUUUGUUUUGCUGGUUGCUGUGCUGAGUGUGCUGAUGGAAGGAAAGCCUGGUGGUAUAUUGUAACGCUGGUUGGAGUGGUGGCGACUGUCAGCUCGAGUGGGAGAAGUAUGUAGGGGGGGGUUUAUAGUAUCGGGAUGUUUGUGCAAUCUUGUUGUACACAGAAAAGUCAAGUUUUCUAUCACCAAGUGGUCAGAUGCCAAUAAGACACUAGUGUACAGCUUUGUCUGCGUAUAUUUUGGACAGCGCGUAGUUUACAUGAUUAAAUGUGUGGAGGACUCACGGGAGGUGUUCUGCUUAAUUCUGUAUCUGAGAGCUUCUUCGCAAAUGCCUUUUUACUUUCUGUAGAGAAAUAUCUGUCAAGAGAAGAAUGGUCUUUUUUUGUGUGUGUGUUUGGCCUUGCAUUAAAAAAACAUUACUGGUGUCCAGAAGAGCACUUAGUGAACCGAGGUGGUUGCGAGUGUGAACUGCCAUUCUGUAUACUGUAAAAAAAGAUUUUUGUUCUGUAUAAGACAACACUGUAUAAUUUACAAAAGGCUUUCAGCUGUAAGGUCGAAUCACUAUAAUUUCCCCAAGGUAAUUUUUUUCUUCCUGACACAGGUUUUGUUGUGUGGGUACGUGUCAAAAGAUAUAAGAGGUGUUUUAGAUGUGGAAAUACUAAUUAAAUAAAAUGAAUAUAAGUCUUAGAUUUAGAAUGUGUAGUUAUUAUAUGAGAGCUUGGAUUUUACAAUUUGCACAAAAGCAAGCAUGAAGUGCCUUAAAAAGUUAAAUAUAGCAGGACAAAUAUAUCAUAUCAAAUCAGUCAACAAUUGUAUUUUCUUACAGGUGCAAGGGAAGUAUGUGUGUGUAUUCAACCGAAUGGGAACAGAAUCUCUUCUAAAAAACAUAUUUUUCUCUCUCAUCUCGAAUUAGUUUCUUUUUUGUUUCACUCUGCGUCGUUGUAGCCCACUUCCUUCUCUCUCAGGGGGCUCAACAACUAAAAGACAAGUCUUUCGCUCAAACUUUAUAUUUUUGUGCCAAGAACCUGAAUGACUGAUGGUGGAUGCAAAUGAGUGGGUUUGUUGUGUAAAAUAAAGAAAAAUACGAAACUUAAAUAAAGACAAAUGCAAUUCA